CAAAUUUCAGUUUAACAGAGACAAAGCCAAAUCAUGAGCAGCAACACAAGCAGAUCCGGUCUGGUUCCGACACCAAAAAAAUCUCGAAAAAUUUUGCGCAAGAAAUUUUGCAACAAUGAAGAAUUGCCGAAAAAGUUUGAAGCCUUUCCAAUUGCUUUGUCCUUGCGCCCUUUUGGUGGUAUCUACAACCCAUUUUCCAAAGGCUGUUCGGUUUUGUGCAACCACCCAGCUCCGGCAGAAGUUAAAAAAGUCAUCAACAAAUGCAAACAAUCACUGACCAUAGAAGGAAAAAACAUACAGUCGCUGCAGAAUUCAUCACGACCUGAAAAAUCUGCACAGGAUGUGGAUCAUACCACCGACAACAUACCCGAGGAUUUGUUUCGUCGUUACACGGAUACAGAUUCCCGACCAUUUACACCCACUCCAACUGUUACCAGUAUUCACACCCGCACCAGUGCUGGAUCUUUUCUCAACAAUAGACGAUGCAUAACACCCGAACUGGGCAAAACUGACAUUAUCAAACGCAAAAAGAUCAUACUCGACCUACGGAAAUCCCACUCACAGGAGACUCUAUACUGGAAACCGGCCUCAGACUUAUCCAGCGGACUCACAGAUCAGGAGCUAAAGACUCGCAGUGCCGGAGCAAAUGAAGACAAAAAAGCCAAGAAACAGAAGUCCGAUGAGCAAAGACCGAAAUCAUCGUUGGCGGCCACCACAACUAUACUGGAGGAAGAAACGCUUGAUGAUAGUAAAAAAACAUCACAGACGUGCAUCAAUGAACAGGACUAUGGAGAUGAAGACAUUCGCCGGGGGAAAAAGCGCAAGAAAAUGAAAACGGUGGCCACUACUGCCACCACUUUCCAUUUGAGCCAAGAUCCUGAAACUCAGGUGGCAGCUUUGGGUCCAGAUUCAUUGAAUCCCAGUACAAGGCCCAGUCUGAUACCAAAUUCAAUGAGCCUGUUGCCUAGCCAUGAUAAAAGUCAAGCAGAGCAUGUCCUAUUGAAGGGCAGUUUCUUAACGGACGAAGCCUUUCAAACACUGAAAAUAAAAUUGAGCAUAGAUGUUAUUGAAAACACUUUCGAUAAAUAUCUCAAUAGAGCCUACCGGGAGGCGUACAAGUAUAUGCCACAAAAGCCCUCGGAUCCAAAUGAUGUUUCUCAUGAAUUGGAAAAACUAAAUUUAAUUUGUGAGAAAAUGCCAAGAAAGUUCUCCAAAUCAGCUACCAGAUUUAAUGUUCCAAUGAAUUUGAAGUCACUUGAAACAAUGAGUGUGUGUGAAUAUCUCAGUAGCUAUGUGUGGGUGUCGCGGCAGAGAAAACAAAUAUACAAAAGAAUAUUUUUGAAGCAUCUAAAACCCAUGUCCCAAGAAUCGGGACCUGAGCAGCAGGAGCAACAAUUCAAGACGGGUGAUACCGAAGUACAAUUUCCAUUGCCCGAAUAUGUUGAGCGUGCAAUGAAUAUGAAAUAUUUGUAUCAGGCUCUGGAAGAAGUUUUGGAAUUUUAUGGAACAGAGAAAACUAUAAAUAGAGUUCUUGACAUUAUCAGCUAUGAGAAGCUAAAAGAAGACGAUGGCAAGAUGCUAAAUUUUCGCACUUGGUGUGGCUUGGUGGCCUUUGCAGAGCGUCUAGCAUUGGAUGAUCCCAGUGGAACAGAUUCGUGUGAUGAGCUGGAACGCGCCGACUUCAACAGCAUGGAAUCCCGCAUCCAAAACUUUAAAGUUCCUUCGGAUUUGCGAAAAGUUUUCGAUAUUGUUAGAAAUGCCCAUAAAGCAUGAGACAAAGUGGAAUUGAAGUAAAAAUAAACUAAAGCCUAUACAA